AUGGGUAUUCUUGCUGUACUUGCUCUACCAUUGUUUCUCUUAGGGAUCAGUGGRAUUAUUUACAUUUACCAGUCAGUCAGAUGGCUGUUGUCCAAGUCAGCRGUGCAGAACAAGGUAGUGGUGAUCACGGAUGCCAUCUCUGGACUAGGCAAGGAAUGUUCUCGUGUGUUUCAUGCAGGAGGAGCAAGGCUUGUGUUGUGUGGCAGGACAUGGGAAAAGUUAGAAGCCUUGUAUGAUGCCUUAAUUAGUGUGACAGACCCCAGCACGACAUAUGCACCAAAGCUCAUACUUCUGGAUAUCUCAGACAUAAGCUGCAUUCGAGAUGUAGCUAAGGAAAUCCUGAAUUGCUAUGGCUGUGUGGAUAUACUGAUCAACAAUGCAAGUAUGAAAGUGAAAGGAGCAGUGCAGAGCAUUUCAUUGGAACUGGAUAAAAAGAUCAUGGAUGCCAACUAUUUUGGGCCUAUAACAUUAACAAAAGCCAUUCUUCCUAACAUGAUCUCAAGAAGAACUGGCCAAAUUGUUCUAAUUAACAGCAUCCAAGGGAAAAUUGGAAUCCCAUUUCGUGCAGCUUAUGCUGCUUCRAAGCAUGCUGCUGUAGGCUUUUUUGAUUGUCUUAGAGCUGAAAUGGAAGAAUUUGAUAUUUCWGUCAGCACUGUGAAUCCAACCUUCAUCUGUUCAUACCAUCGCCAACCAGCACCAGGCAACUGGGAGGCAUCUAUUUGGAAAUUCUUUUUCAGGAAGGUGUCCUAUGGUGUGCACCCAGUGGAGGUGGCAGAGGAGGUGCUGCACACAGUGAGCAGGAAGAAGCAGGAGGUGCUUAUGGCAAAUCCCAUCCCCAGAGCAGCAGUUUACAUUCGAACCUUCUUCCCUGAGCUGUUUUUUGCCAUUGUUGCCUCAGGGAUUAGGGAAAAGCUGAAGACAGAAGAGGAAAAUUGAUUUUGUUAUUUUCCUUGCUUUUGACCUGAAAAAAGGGGCUCUUUUUUAAAUGUGAGUGAUUUCUGCUGCUUGCUAUGGGUAGAAUAAAGCUACUAUCAUUGACACACACAUUCAUCUAUAAAGCUUCUACUCUUCCAGUUUUAGAGAAUAUGACAAUAUGCCAUUGUUUGUAUUAUAAUGGCAUGGGAAAAGCUCUACUAGAACUCUAUCAAAAUAUAAGACAGUGAUUCCCAAUCUAAAUAGGUAGAUCAAAGUCAGGGGACAUGGAAUAACUUCCUGGAAUAGCCAUCAGUGUCAGAACUGAUGGGAACCUACAGGAGCAAAGGAAUGGGCAAAYAGGUGUAUGUGGGAGACAGAUGAGUAAAAAUCAGUGAAAAAUGGACUUAAAGCUUCGCUCGGUGUGUUCCUCAGAUGUGAUUUUUGGAAGGAUUCUUGCAGGAUAUGCAACUAGAAAGCCCAGUAAAGGCUUAUCUAGUUCAAUAUCCCAUCCAAAACAGGACCCUGAAAAGAUGGACUAUUAGAAUGGUACAAUAUUAUGGAAUGAAUCCCUGUGUUACAGUCUU